AAAAUGAUGAAUCAAACUGGUUACAUUGUGUAUUUUUAUGUAUGUGUGAUUAUAUGCCUUCGUCUCAGCUGUAUAUACGGAAAUCCAAGCGCAGAAAAACACGAUGUUAAAACAAUUCUGGUAUUCGGUGGAAACGGAUUUAUUGGUAGUGCUACGGUGGAGAAACUGCUACGCGGUAAUUACUCUGUGGUUGUAAUCAACCGUGGAAACUGGUACUGGGAUACUGAAGAAACAGUUAAACCGUUUGUAAAACACGUGAAAUGUGAUCGCAUGCAAUCAUUACAACGCUGUGCAGGUCUACAGCAUUACAUUUGGAGUUUAGAAGCGCCGCCAUUGUUCGAGGCCGUGAUUGAUUUUAGCGCAUAUCACGCUUUUGAAAUAUCCGAGGCUUUAACAAUACUUAAAGAUAAAAUUAAGAAAUAUAUUUACAUAAGCAGCGACUCAGUGUAUGAAGUGUGCGAAAAGCAUCAUCACGGAUUAACACGAGAGGAAGACGCCGUGAGACCAACUGAAACGGCUGAGCGCAACAUAUUCAAACAAAAAGACGACUAUGGUAACAGUAAAUUAGAGUGCGAAGAAGAGUUAGAAAAGCAAGCCACUUCCGGUACAGGAAUACCCUACAUUAGUCUUCGGCUACCGGAUGUAGUUGGACCACGUGACAAUACUUACAGGUGGUGGAUAUACCAGUUGUGGAUACGUCUUGCUGACUUCACGGAUAAACGUCUUGCAGUACCGAAGUAUCUGUGGAAUCAGCCAAUGAGCUUGGUGUACGUUUAUGACGUGGCUGACGUCAUUAGUGACUGUAUAACGAGCGGUGAAGACAUUUAUAAUAACGCUUAUAAUCUCGCGCUAACUGAAACACCAACUCUCGUGCAGUUAUUGCACGGGGUAAUGAAUAGUCUGGAAGUUGAGGAUGUAGAUAUAAUUGAAAAUUCCGAGGAGGAAGGAUUUCAUUUAUUUCCGUCCGUAAAGUUAGGUCCUCUAGAUACAACGAAGGCAAGGCGCCUUUUAAACUGGAAUCCUACAUCAUGGAUUGACGUUUUAGAUCAUACAGUACAUUUUUAUGAGGAGGCAAUUCUUGAAAAGAAAUUUGAUGUCGCGAGAAAAGACGUUAUAAGGACGAUUCAACAAUAUUUUUCACAUGAUUCUGCCAAAAUAAUGAGAGGUUUAAAACACGAAUAUGGACUGACUUUCGACUCCGCCCAUGAUGAGCUUUAACUCCAAAUAUAAAUCUCUGUUUAUAGUGAAACCAACUGACUGACAUGUGCUGAAAGUAUGAUAUUGUGAAGCUUAAAGCAGUUACAUUAAUCCAUACAUGUGGAGUGCGAGUUCUAAAUGUUUCUACCUGUAACACAGUUACAGUUGUGGCUAGUCAUUUGUUGCAGUGUAAAUGCAUGUGUUCUAUGAAUAAAACAGUGUUGCCAUUACAUCAUCAGAUACAUGUGCACUUAAAACUCUCUACUUACUACAAUAUAUAGUCAGUUUUAAAGACAGUUUUUAUGCUAUAAAACAAGGAAAUAAGUGGUAUAUAUUGAGAAAACAUUAGUUAUUAUAUUACCUUAUUAUUUCAAAGUGAUUGAAUUCAUGUACACGUUGUUGUGGUUCUUACUGUAUUACAGAAUUCCACUAGCACAUCAUUUUCCAACUCUUGAACUAUUUCAGCAAAUCAGCAUUUAAUGUUUACUUUUAACUACCUACAUCUAAUUAUCAAAAAGACCACCAGGACACAAGCAGUAUUACCAGUAUCACAUAUAAAGGUACAUUUAUAUAUGGUAUUACAGUAUUACAGUCAAGAGUACCCUAUAUCGCAAAUUUUAGGGUUAUUUCUUACUUGCACCUUUCUAUGAUAUUUUUUAGAAAUAAAUUUUACAUCUU